GUCGUCCCGCUCGUCCAUCUCUGUCACGUCCACCACCGCGGGGCUCCAGACACUCUUACAUCUCUCUUGACUCUUACGACUACGAUGAUUCUCUUGGAGCCUCACAAUACCAUCAUCCAGACGACCAUCAACGACAAGCUCGUCAAGCCCUCAUCUCUGGACGUGCAGUUUGUCGACUUCGAUGGCGUCCGCUUCCACAUCUCCACCCCCAACACCCAGCAGAAGACGCUCCUGCUGCUCUCGAUGUCCAUCAGUUGCUGGGGAGAGCUCGUCCAGUAUGGCGCUCUAGACAUCCUCAAGCGCGAGUACGGCCCUUUGCUGCAGGAUCCCAGCGCGACGGAGCCAGAAUACAACGUCAGCCUGUUGAUUGACCUCGAGCAAGUCCCUGCCGGUCCGGAGGAUCGCGCGGCCUUCAUCGAGUCUGUCGCCUUGCUGAAGCGCAAUGCCAUGGCUGGUCCCUUCGAACGCGCCUUCGCCGAGCAGAAGGACCUCGAGGCAUCUGGCGGACAGGGCCAGUUCAUGCAGAUUCACUACCGCGACGAGGAAGCCAUCUAUAUUCAGGCCUCCCCCGACCGUGUCACUGUCAUCUUCUCGACGAUCUUCAAGGAUGAGACAGAUCGUGUCUACGGCAAGGUCUUCCUGCAGGAAUUUGUCGAUGCCCGCCGGCUCCCCACCAUCCAAACCGCGCCCCAGGUCCUCUACACCAACCGCGAGCCGCCGCUCGAGAUCCGGCACCUCCCCCUGCCCCCGCCCUCCGAGGACAUCGGCUACGUCACCUUCGUCCUCUUCCCCCGCCACUUCACGCACCCCAAUAUCGCCGCGCAGACGAUCUCGCACAUCCAGCUCUUCCGCGACUACCUCCACUACCACAUCAAGUGCUCGAAGGCGUACAUGCACUCGCGCAUGCGCUUCCGCGUCGCGGAGUUCCAGAAGGUGCUGAACAGGGCGAAGAUGGAGAAGCCGGAGGCGGAGAAGAAGACGGUGACCGGUCGUACGAUGGUGUCGCGAUGAAUGGAUCAGUACUCGUAUGGACGCGGAAAAUGUCAUGUAUCUCGUUGUACAAUUCGGAAACCUGCUUCUCGAUGUCGUCUUGAAGACUCGCCUGCCAGUCGUGCUCGAUGGAAGGAUCUUUGGGCAUGCAUCCGAGGUGAACGCAGGUGGAUACAUUCACACCUCUUUGAACCGGUGCUCGACAUCUGCGUCCGCGAGUACCGAGGUGGCAUAGGAAGCUGAGUCCAGAGUCACCACACCUUGUCAAUAGGCUGUAGAAUUCAUGCUAUUGCUGGCGUGCCUAACGCGAAUGCCCCGACUCC